AUGUCCGGUUCACCAAGCGGAGCCCCCGCUCCGACGGAGACCUCCCCCUUACUGCGCGCCGCCGACUCGGAGGCCGUUCACGGAAGUGGUGCCGUCCAGCCGGAACACGGCGCCGACCGGGAUGGCAAGCGGGAUGGUAACCCCGAGAUGGCCAAGAAGAUGUACAUGCUGCUUCCGGCCAUUGGCAUCGGCGUUUACCUCUGUGCCGUCGAUCAACUGCUCACCGUAGCGACAUAUGCCAAGAUAGGCAGCGAGCUGCAUGCGUUGAACAACACCAGUUGGCUCGCAACCGCCUACUUCAUCACGCUCACGAGCUGUCAGCCCCUAUACGGCAAACUCAGCGACAUCUUUGGCCGCAAGGAAUGUCUCCUGUUCGCCUACACCGUCUUCGCCAUCGGCUCGCUCGGUUGCGGCCUCGCGCAGUCGUUCACUCAGCUCUGCCUCGCCCGCGCCGUCGCCGGCAUCGGCGGCGGUGGCAUGAACAGCGUCGUGGCCAUCCUCCUGAGCGACAUCGUGCCUCUUCGUGACCGAGGCGUGUGGCAGGGGUACAUCAACAUCAUCUUCGCCGCGGGAACGUCGACUGGGGCGCCCCUCGGCGGGCUGCUCGCUGACUCGGUGGGCUGGCGGUGGUCCUUCAUCGGCCAGGCGCCGAUCUGCGUCGUCGCGUUCCUCGCGGUCUACUUGGUGCUGGACCUGCCCAAAGCGGACCACGACCACUGGCGCGAGAAGUUCCGCCGCAUCGACUUCCUGGGCGCGGCGUGCCUCGUCGCCGCUGUGAUCGCGCUCCUGGUGGGCCUAGACGCCGGGUCGAACCGCGGGUGGUCGAACCCCGUGACCGUCGCGGGGUUGGCGUCGGCCCCUGCGCUCUUCGCCGUCUUCGUCUUGGUCGAGAUGCGCGUCGCUUCGCACCCCUUCGCGCCGGGCCACAUCAUCUUUGACCGCUCGCUGUUCGCCGGCUACCUCACCAACUUCUUCGGCGUCGCCGCCCACAUCGCCUCCAUCUUCUUCCUCCCGCUCUUCUUCCAGGCCGUCCAGGGCGCCAGCGCGACCCAGGCCGGCGCGUACCUGGUCCCCGCCAUGAUCGCUUCCGUCAUCGCCUCCGUCGGCGCCGGCGUGAUCAUGAAGCGGACGGGCAAGUACUACAAGCUCACCAUCCUCGCGUACGGGCUGAUGCUGGUCGCCGUCGCGCCGACGGUCGCCACGCUGUACCUGCGUUCGACGCCCGGAGUCGUCUCGAGCAUGGCGUUGCUCGCCCUCGGCGGCGGCGCGGGCAUCACCACCACGCUCGUCGCGCUGCUCUCCAACGCGUCGGUGGAAGAUACCGCCGUCGUCGUGGCGUGUUCUUACCUCUUCCGGUCUCUGGGUUCGAGCAUCGGCAUCAGUGUGUGUUCUGCCGUGCUGCAGCAGGUGCUUCGCGCGCAGCUGGCGGUCAGGCUCGACGGCGACGAGGCGAGGAAGAUUGAGGAGAAGGUGCGCGAGAGCCUGGAUUACAUCAGGGAGCUGGAGCCGAGCGUCGCGGCGGAGGUGAGGGCGAGUUAUCAGGUUGCCACGCUGGGGGCCAUGGUUCCCAUGACGGCGUUUUUGGUGUUGGCUUUCGGGGCUACGUUUUUUAUUAGGGAGCGCGGUCUGGGUAAGUGA